AUGAGUAAUCAGUAUGGAAUUUAGAAAUCGCCAUAAUUAAAUCGAGAGCGUUUAGAAACCCAAAGAGAAGUUGAUCAAUAAUUAAGAAUCUCUGGUGUCAGAAAAAGCAGUUAUUUAGCUUCCCGUACAAAAAGCUUUGGAUAAAGACUUCUGAAUUUUGUCGGAAAAUAAAUUUCUGUCGAUUAUUAAGAACGAUUAGUACUUAAAAGUCUUUAGGCAGAUAAUAAUAAAGUUAAAAAGUUCUUUGAAAUGUUGCUUUCUCGUAAAAAUAACUUGAAAAAUCUUACAAAUUAUCAUUUAAGCUUUUUGAAUGAUAAAGCUAUUGGAAAUAUUAGUUUCAUAUAAAAAUAAACGUCCUUUAAGAUUUUUAUUGAUAGGUUGCUAACUAAGAAAAUUCUAAGGAUUUUCAAACCCUUUGUGGAUAAUAUAACAUAACAAAUUAAUGCUUUGCCUUUAUUAUAUCCAGAAAGUACUAAAAUUGUGAUAUGGGAUAUAAUUGCAAUUUCAUCCAAAUUAUACUUUUUGUAUCUAAUUCCUUUAGAAUUAGCAUGGACACACACUUCUUUGAUUUACAGUAGAUAUUAUUCAUCGACUAUUAUUAUGCUAAUCAUAUUGGCUGUCGAUUUUAUAAUUGGUCUAAAUACAGCUUAUUAUAAUGCAGGAUCAUUAAUCACCAAUAGAAUUUAGAUCUUUAAACAUUAAAUUACAAAAUCUUUUGGAUUAGAAUGGAUAUCAACUAUCAUUUUGAUAAUAUUAUUUAUAAUUUGCAAUACAACCGAUACAAUAAUAAAUGUGACUCAGAACCCUGUUUACUUAAUAUUAUUAAGUAUAUUAUCUCACUAAAUAAAUGUACACUAUAAAACAAGUUAAUAUGAAUCCGCAUUAAAUUUAUCUAAGAUAGUAUCUAGCUGUUUAGAAUUAUUAAAAUUCUUACUUUUAUUAUUUUAUGUUAUCCACUUAUUUUCUUGUUUAUGGUAUUGGGUAAUAUAUUUAAAUAUAUAUAAAGGUUGGGAAUUAUAGUAGAGAAAAUGAUGAGUUUACUUGGCUUGACACUUUAGAAUAUCUUCCGAUAAUAGAUUGGACAGAUGAAUAUUUAUAAUCAUUUUAUUAUGUAUGUGUGACUAUGUUCACAGUUGGAUAUGGUGAUAUUACUCCUAAAAGUGGAUUAGAAAAAAGUAUUUGUAUAGUUCUAAUUCUAAUAUCAAGUAUUCAACUUCCAUAUUCAAUUAAUACUGUUGGAUCCAUAAUUGAAAAAAUAUCAGAUUAUGGUGAAGAAACCAAAAAUAAAUUGAGAACAAUCAAUAGUUAUAUGAAUAAAAAGAGAGUGCCUUAUAAUUUAUAAAACUAAAUUAGAUAAUAUUUAAAUCAUUAUUGGACAUCUUUAUAAGGCUAAGAUACAGAAGAUGAAAAAGUAAUAAUCUCUCAAUUAUCAGAAAAUUUAAGAGAAUAACUCAUAAUUUAAGCAAACAGUAGAAUAUUCGCUAAAGUUACUCUAUUAAAAUAAAAUUUCACUCAUCAAUUAUAAUAGAAUUUAUUAAAAAAGGUCCAAUAAAUUUAAUUAUAACCAGAACAAAUUAUUGAAUUAGAUAAUAAUAUUUAAUGUUAUUUUGUUGAUGAAGGAGAAAUUAAUAUAACCAUUGAAUCUGGAAUAGUCAUUUAAAAAGCAAAGAAAGAUGAUGUUAUAGGAUUGGAUAACUUAUUUUUAGGAUUUCAUCAUAGAUAGAAUAAAAAAAUUAGAAGUAUUGGAUUUACUAAAUUAUUGAUUUUAUCUAGAUAAGAUUUCUUAUAAGAAUUAAAAGAAUUUCCUAAUGAUUAUGAAAAGUUCUGUUCAAUAAGAGAUGACAUUUUAUUUAAUUUUAAGUCUUCCUAUAUUAAAAAAUAAUGUGAUUCUUGUUAUUAAUCAGGACAUGAAAUUAUUGAUUGUUCAAUGCUCCAUUAUAUUCCUUAAAAAGAUCUUUUAAUUAAAAGAUUUUAAUAUCCUUAAUCAUAAGCAAGGCAAGAUUUCCCAAGAAGAUAUUAUAAAUUAUCUAGGAUUUUGCUUUAAGAACUUGAAAAUCCUGAUUUUAAUGAUAGUAAAUAAUAAUUUCUGAAAAAAUACUAUUUACCUCAACCACCUAAUAUUAGUAUUAAUAGUAAUAAUAUUAAUUUUUAAUCUCUUUAAAAUAAUUUUUAGGAUGAUAUUAAGGAGACACCUGAAAUUAAAAUUGAUAAUUUACGAGUUUCUACAACUUUAAUUUAAAAAUAACCAACAAAAAGAGAUUCACUUUUAGCAGUUUCUUAUAUACCAGGCAAUAAUAUUGAUUAAAUAAAAAGAAGCAUUAAUAAUAAUAAAAAAGCUGGAAUGAAUUAAUCAAACAAAAAAUAAUAACUUGAUAUUCAAUUAGAUAAUAUGGGAUUAUAAAGAUAGAAUAGUUUAACUUAAAGAAGGUAAUCUUAAGCAAUAAAUAUUUUAAAUAUGUAUUAAAUGAGCUUAAAUACUAAUGCUUAUAAAUAAAGCUAUUUAUAAGAGUUAAUUAAUACUAAUGAUGAAAUUAAUUUUGAUGACGAAUUAAAAUUACGUUAUGAAAAUUUAUCAUAAAUUAAAAAUAUGAAUUUUGGUGAUAAAGAAGCAAUUGAACUACUAUAUCUCAAACAAAUUAACAAAUAAAAAUAUCAUAAAAAAGGAUUAGUAGAAUUUGAAACUAUUAAAAAUUAUCAUGAUUAUUUCCCUUAAUAUAAUGUUUCUAAAUCAAUUAGUAAAGCAAAUAAACCACAAAAUGUUUAAUUACAAACUUAAAUCAAGAAAUAUAUGGGAUAUUUACUUUAUCCAUCUGAAUUCAUUAAGAAAUUUAAAAUAUUUUAGUAAGAAAAUCUAAGAAUGGGUAUGAUUACUGAGGAAGAAAAUAAUUGA